UCCUGCCGCGACAUUAUUUUCUCUAACCAUGCCAUGUUCGAUUUCUUCUCACGUCUAUUAUAAAAGCGCGCACACGAUUUUCAUAAGAAUUCCCCAAGUGAAGUUAUUAUUUUCAUAGCGUCCUUUAAGCAGUCUCUAACCGAACCAUGCUCGCGGUGCCAGUUACCGUGUUGCUGAUCAUCGUUGCUGGUCUGGUUAACAGUCAGGACGGCACCAGUCCGGCCUCGGCCGAUCCUAAGCCGACAACGAGCGGUCUAAGCGGUGACGCCAGCAACAGCCCAACGCCCGGCACCUCCCCCUACCCCGAUGUUGCCGAUAACGCUACCGGCCAGCCGAAUUCCGCCAAGCCAAAUCGGGAACUUGGUUCACUGGGCGCCGACGUCUUCCUACCAUCCCGAAAAACGCUUCCGCCCGACAAUACCCCUCAAGGCCAAGGGAACGGUUCGUUCCGUACAGCGGGAGGCCAGCCGAACUACACCCGCGUGCCGCUGCAUCAGGCCCAGAUCCCAGCGUCAGUCCCGCUAAAACAAUCCCGCCUCACCUACCGGCAGCAGUGGCAGGUCGCGGGUAACCACACCCUAAUGGAAAGAUACCAAUUCCGCUAUAAAAAGAUAAAGGUCACACAUCACAAACUUGCGUCAACGGAUAUGCAUCAAAAUCCAGCGAGCACACGUGGCUUUUACAAUGGGAACAGCACCUCCGGCGGCGAAUUUAAAUGAAAGUAUUUCUGUUUUUCGCCCGCCUUUGUUUAUAGAUACCGCUGUGCAAAUCGCUGUCUUUCCUCUUCCGGAUGUUUGAGAAACCUCGUAAAAUUUGUUAUCGGAAUUUAGAUGACAAUUCAAACUGACGGCAACUUCAAGUACAGAUCCUUAUCGCAAAACCAUGCAUAAUGGUUUUCGAAAUAAUUACAGUAUUCACUGUU